AUGCCCGUGAUGAGGGGUCUGCUGGCCCCGCAGAACACUUUCCUCGACACCAUCGCCACCCGUUUCGAUGGCACCCACAGUAACUUUGUGCUGGGGAAUGCACAGGUCCAGUCUCUCUACCCCAUUGUGUACUGUUCUGACGGCUUCUGUGAACUCACUGGCUAUGCCCGGGCGGAACUGAUGCAGAAGAGCUGUGCAUGUCAUUUCCUGUAUGGACCGGAGACCAGUGAUAGGCUGAUGGCACAGAUCCAGGGUGCACUGGACGAAAGGCGUGAGUUCAAGACAGAGCUGGUCUUCUACAAAAAAGGAGGAACUCAGUUCUGGUGUCUUCUGGAUAUCGUGCCCAUUAAGAAUGAGAAAGGAGAGGUGGUGCUCUUUCUAGUGUCACACAAGGACAUCACAGACAACAAGAAAGUGCAAGAUGAAGAACAGAGCCCAGAACGAGAUGAGGAGACGGGUUUGGAGGUGCAUAAGGUCACACGGCCUCCGAGCUUCAAUGCCAACCGGCGGCGCAGUAGAGCUGUGUUAUACCAACUGUCUGGACAUCUGCAGAAACAAGACAAGAGCAAACUCAAGAUCAACAAUAACAUGUUUGGUGAGAAACCACCCAUCCCAGAGUACAAAGUGGCAGCCAUUCAGAAGAGCCGAUUCAUUCUCCUCCAUUAUGGGACCUUCAAAGCUGGCUGGGAUUGGCUGAUACUGUUAGCCACCUUUUAUGUAGCAGUUACUGUGCCCUACAAUGUCUGUUUCACUGUCGUCGGUGGGCGAGAUGAGAUGCUGAUACCUAGAAAUCCACCGAGUGUGAGCGACAUCCUGGUGGAAAUCCUAUUUAUGUUAGACAUUGUGCUAAACUUUCGCACCACAUUCGUGAGCACAUCAGGCCAGGUGGUAUAUGAUGCGCGAUCUAUCUGCGUGCACUACGUCACCACCUGGCUCUUUGUGGACCUGAUUGCUGCACUACCUUUCGACUUGUUGUACGCCUUCAAUGUUAGUGUGUACUUUGGGGUUCAUCUGCUGAAGACGGUUCGAUUGCUAAGGCUUCUGCGCUUGCUGCAAAAGCUGGAACGCUACUCCCAAUACAGUGCAGUGGUACUCACCUUGCUCAUGUCUAUGUUCGCCUUGCUGGCACACUGGAUGGCCUGCGUCUGGUACAUCAUCGGUCGCAGCGAGAUUGAGAACAAUAGCCCUGGUUCCUGGGACAUUGGCUGGCUACAUGAGUUGGGUAAACGUCUUGGCACACCCUACUUCCUGUCCCCUCUUGCCUCCCUUAUUCCUGAUUCACUGCGCCCCACCAUCUUAGAUAGAUUGGUGGCCAAUACAAGCCAAUGGAAUGCCACUGAUCAGGCGGGACGUGACUCUCUGUGGAACUCGAGCAAGUGGAACACGACAGGGACAGGGCUAGUGGGCUCUGCAGGUGCAGGGCAGGCUGGAGCGGUACUGGGAGGCGGGCCCUCAAUUCGGAGUUCGUAUGUGACAUCGCUGUACUUUGCUUUAAGCAGUCUGACCAGCGUGGGCUUUGGCAAUGUCUCGGCUAAUACUGACUCGGAGAAGAUCUUUUCUAUCUGCACUAUGCUGAUCGGAGCACUCAUGCAUGCUGCGGUCUUUGGAAACGUGACGGCCAUCAUCCAGCGUAUGUACUCGCGCCGCUCGCUCUAUCACACACGCACAAAAGACCUCAAGGACUUCAUCCGCGUACACCGACUGCCCAAGGCCCUUGCGCAACGCAUGCUGGAGUGUUUUCAGACAACAUGGUCCGUCAACAAUGGCAUCGAUGUCAGCGAGCUCCUGAAAGACUUCCCAGAUGAAUUGCGGGCUGACAUUGCCAUGCACCUAAAUAAAGAACUCCUGCAGCUGCCUCUGUUUGAAUCGGCCAGUCGCGGGUGUCUGCGGUCCCUGUCCCUCAUCAUCAAAACCUCCUUCUGUGCUCCAGGAGAGUUCCUCAUUCGCCAGGGUGACGCUCUGCAGGCCAUCUACUUCGUCUGCUCGGGCUCCAUGGAAGUGCUCAAGGACAACACUGUGCUGGCUAUAUUAGGAAAGGGGGACCUGAUCGGAUCGGACUCGCUGACAAAAGAGCAGGUUAUAAAGACCAAUGCAAACGUGAAAGCGCUAACAUACUGUGACCUACAGUACAUCAGCCUGAAGGGACUACGAGAAGUGUUGCGCCUCUAUCCUGAAUACGCCCAGAAAUUUGUCAGCGAAAUUCAGCACGACCUCACCUACAACCUGCGGGAGGGCAGCGCAGCUGACCUGGACUGGGAAAGCAACGGUGGUCUGGUGAAAAAACUUCCCUCAAUCCGUGAGGAUGAGGAAAAUGAUGAAGAACAGCACUCAUUAUCAAGGGUCCCACGUUCCCCUCUGCGCCUGACCCGGACCGCCAGCUCCCCUAUGCGAUCACCUCUCCUCCCCCCACGCCCCUUCCGCCCUCCAUCAGACCACACGAGACCUGCCACCCUCCAGAUACCUGCGGUUAGUUUCAGUAGCGUCCCUCCAGAACUCAGCCCCAGAUUUGUGGAUGGCAUAGAGACAGAAAGCAGUUCUUGCUCAACACAAAAGUUUGAGUUCGGUGCCAGCCUACCUCAGAGCGGCCCUCCGUCCCCUUCUCCAGUGAACCAGGAACAGCUGGAGACCAAACAGAGCAUCACCAAACUGAGUAAAGAGAUGACUAGUCUCUCCCAACAAGUGUCUCAGCUGAGCAAAGAACUACAGGAAAUGACACGUCUCCUACGGCCCUUGCUCAUCAUUGGAUCGCAACCCCUCUUGACAGCCCUCAGUCCAACAAUGCCAACGUCUCCCAGCAAUAGCUGUGCUCCAACAAUAUCCAUGCAACCAGUUCCUUCCCCAACAGCUCCACAGUCCUUCCCGCUCAGGCCUACUUGCUCCCUAUUUGAAAGCGCUGACACUGGGGGCAUUGCCUUCCCCAGCUGUCUUAUACCCACCAGUCCACCGCUGAGACCCCAAGCACAGGCUCGGGUAUCUCCGGUAGACUGUACAAUAGGACCUUCUCUGCUAACCCACAUAACUCCAGUGGCAGCCAAAACAGAGGGGCCAGGGCCGUCUAUCCAAAGCUAUGACGUGGCAGCUCAGGACCAGACACCGCAAGCCACCCAUCCCUCUCUCACCUUUUCUUUCUCACUCCCUUCUUUCCGACCACAGUCUCCUUCCUGCGCUCCCUGCCAGGGGCCUCACCUUUCCCGACCUGCCAGUCACAGCAGAGGUUUGCUAACACCAUCCCCCUCACAAGACAACCCAAUUCAGCCACCCUCUCAUUACUCGGCACCUCCCUCAAUCAAUAACUCUCCUGGCGACCACAGGCUGGGAAUCACCCCCUUUCCCUCCUCCUCCUCCUCCUCCUCCUCCUCCUCAUCCGCUCCUCUGAUCCAGCCACGGUCAUGCACGCCACCCUCCUGCCCACACACCUCCCUGCCCUUGCCCUGCUCCCUGGACUCACUGCCAGAAAGCCAGGUCACUUUGGGCACUUCAUGGCCCCAGCAGAACCCUUGGACUGGACCUCCUCAGGUAGAGUUUGAGAUGCAAGAGUGGGUAGCAGGAGGGAGGCCUUCCACAGAUCAUAUCAGCUUUAUAGAUGAAGGGGGACCACCACUGUGA